UACAUUAUUCAUACGGGCGAGGGUGUGACUUGCUGGCUUUUUCCCCCUGCCUGUAUAAAGCGACAAGUUUGCGCAAAAGGAAACACAGAUGGAGAAGGCCAGUCGGUUCGCUGUGUCACAGAGAGUCCCUUUAAGCCCCCGUGACAACUCCCACACCGUCCCUUUGUGACAAGCUUAAUCACUAUAAUGCCCAGUCUCAGUGCCCUUUGUCUUGCCGUCGCCCUGGCUGCGCUCGCCCGGUUCACCGGCUCCGUAGGACCGGUGGUGCGAUGUGAGCCUUGCGACGCCAGCGCGCUGCAGAAGUGCAAAUCGCUGCCGAAGGACUGCGCGGAGACCGUGAGGGAGCCCGGGUGCGGCUGCUGUAUAACGUGCGCCCUCGGCGAGGGACAGGCUUGUGGAGUGUACACUGCGCGCUGCGGCUCCGGCUUGACCUGCAAGCAUCAGCCCGGAGAGAUCCGUCCUUUGCAAGCUCUGUUGGAAGGACGAGGGGUAUGCACCAGCGCAACAAAAAAAAUCAACAACAAUCCUAAGCCGGCGCAAAAACAAGAAAAUGCAGGAAAUCAGGUGGCUGAAGGCACCAACAUGACUGAGACCGUGACGGUUUUGCCUGCUGAGGCAACUGUGAACGACGGGAGCAACCCAGGGUCAAUGAACACGAGGCCCCCACUCCACAACAAACUGAUCCAAAAGGCAGAGAACAAGAAGACACAGAGCUACAAAGUGGAACCUGUGUUGGGAGGAGCCAAUAAAGACAUGCACAACUUUUCCCUGGAGAACAAGAGGGAGACUGAGUAUGGGCCAUGCCGACGAGAGAUAGAUAGCAUCAUGAACAGCUUGAAGAUCAACAACGUGCUCAACCCUAGAGGCUUCCGCUUACCUAACUGUGACAAAAAGGGCUUCUACAAGAAAAAACAGUGCCGUCCAUCCAAAGGAAGGAACCGGGGCUUCUGUUGGUGCGUGGACAAAUACGGGCAGCGUCUCCCAGGCUACGAUGACAAGCAGGGCAAGACAAAGUGCUAUCACCUGGAGAGUAAAUGAGAAAGAGGAUAGAUAAGACAGUAUGUGGAUGGAGAGAGACAGGGAGAGAGGAAAACAGCAGAAACAAGGGAGGGAUUAAGAGACAAAAUGAAAGGAACAAGGGGAAAAGAAUGAGGGCCUGUUUUUACUGUUGAAUUUAGAAUGAUGUAAACAUUUGAAGAACUUUGGUCCUUUGGAAGGGGAGGGGAAGGGGUGAAGCACAGCCUCCUGAACUUUACAGCUGUCACAUAUUUAGGGGACCUUCAGUCUUUUAAUAAAAUAUACAAAAGACAGAAAAAACAAUUACAAAAGAAAUUAAGGUGAAAAAGAACAGGAGGGAUGAAAAAGAAUCCUAUCAUCUGCACUAUUCUUAAAGAGGGAGUGGAAGGAGGGAAUUUCCCACUCACCUUAAAGAAGACUUGUUUAUGACUGAGACCUCGCCCCCCUCCAAAAAAGUCGCACCAACACAAUCUAUCACGUGUGUUUGUUUCACAUGUGUUACUGCGAGGUUUGUUUGUCUUUUAAUCUGCGAGCACCUGCAUAACCUACGUUAUCACAGCUGUCUGUCUGCAAGAUGGUGUGAGAGCAUGCUGUCUCAAAACAGCUGCCCUUUCUUAGACCCUUUUCUAUCAAACUGCAGAAAAAGACAACAUCUUGCUCAGGAUUUAUUUUGUAUUGCAAGGUAUAUGGAACUGCAGAGUUGAUUUUAUUUGAGCGCACUCACCUCCUUUGUUUCUUGACUCUUUGCUGUUUGUCACACAUGUGCAAGGCUGGAGGCAAACUCUGCAGUUAGUGCCUUAACAUGUUUUAAUGCCUUUUGUUUUUCAUGCUUGUUAAUUAUGAUGCAAGCAACAUAUUGAAUUUAAAAAGUUAUCUUCCAUCAUCACAAGUGUGUCAACCAGCACCUACAUGAUGACACAUUUCUAAAUUUCUAAGACAAUUUUAAGGAAAAGGUAGAUUAGCAUAACAUCUUGCAACGUUCUAAUAGAUUUCCUGCUGUGUUUAUCUACACUUUGAUGAAAACGGCAUAUAAAAAAUACUUUUCCAAUCUGAAUAGGGAUUUUCAUAAAAUUAAAAAGCCGGCCAAGAUAAUGAAUCUAAUAAAAACAUGUUAGUGUGUUUUUACACAUGACAUUUCCCUUCCAGUUUAUCUUUUUAAAUUCUGUUGUUAGAAUUUACAGUUUUCUCACACCUUUUUUAAUCCUUCUAGUCAUCCAUCUUUUCCUUUAAGUUCCUGAUGCCGUUUCCUUCAUGUUCAUCGGUUGUUCAACAGGAUUUGGCUGGUUCAGUAUUUACAUCUUCUUUGAUUGGUUUCAAUUUUGUUAUGGGUGGAAUCAGGUGUGAAUGUUUUGCUCUGCCAUAGGUGCAGCUGCCCCCUAUGCUUCAAGCACAUGCACUUAUAGCACUUUAGCUGUCCUGAGGUGUAUUUCAUUAAACUUGCUUAGAAAAGCCAGACUUUAACAUGCAAUUCUGACUCUACUUAAACACAAGUACUACUUAAGUGGUAAUUACUGGGUCAUUUGCUUAAUGUCACCAAUAGAAGACACGUUCAACUAAUCAGUGUUGCUGUGGUGUCGAUACCUAUAUUAACCAUAAGGCAAAACAUGAAUGGUUUUUCAGAAAUUUAGUUAAAAAUGAAAAGGUAUAUUAAAUGUGUAAAUUUUCAUCUUUUUCAACAUGCAAAUUAUUUCAAGAGACAUGCUAAUUAAAUGUGAUAAACCAGGCGGCAACACUUAAAACACUUUGAUAUUUGAAGUGUUAGUCUAUAGACUAAAGGUAAAAAUGUAAAUAUCAUAGUAAAAAUGUAUUCAAAAAGAUAGACCCCAUUAUAGUCUAGUUUAAAUUCAGAGAUUUUAGACAACUUAAGUUAAUUUGGAUUUCAUUCAGCAAAAAUCUUCCUUGAACUAAAAAAGGACAAAAUAUUAUAAUCAACAAAAUGACCCUCCCAACCCCCACAUUUAAAUCUUUCAGAUAUACCAGUGAUGUAAUACACACUUUGCAACAAGUAAAACCUAAAUAUAAAAUCCUACUUUAAAAUGGAAAGCUGCAAAUUAUAACAAUGAUAAGAGAUUCAAGCACUAGAAAUAUGGGUAGGAUUUUCAUCAUUAUAAAACUAUUCAUAUUAAUUGAUUUGCAGCUGCAAAAAAGAAAAAAAGACAACUUUACAUUGUGUCUGUAAAGUCAGUGUAAAGUCAAUGUUUAGGUCCUCUGCAGAGUAGUAAGUGCAUCGUCCCGGUUGUUUUGUGGGAUGGCUGAGGUCCAAACAGAACCAACAGAAGUGUUUCCUUGGUGGCUAUAAUAAGUGCUAUCUGAAUAGUGCUGGAAGUUAGAAAGUAGCUAUAACGAGGAUGCGGUAUGCUUCCUAUCUCCAACUCAGUUAAUAUUGGGACCUCCUGAUAUUCCUAUCCACGGAUAAAAGCUAUAUGGAUGCUCAGAAUCCUUUGCUUGACAGGACAUACAGUAUAGGCAGAGCCUAACUAACCCAAGGAGUUUGACAAAAAUACAUUAUUUCAUGACAUGCCCUGUGUGUGAAACAUGCCAGUGUACACACCUUCUUAUAUGUUUUGGGUUUUAUAAUGGAGCGCUUCAGUCAUUCCCUACAUUUUUGUAACCUUUGUUUUCUGCAAUUCUUUUCCAGGAAGCUGUAGACCUAAUUUGACCAGCGUCAUUUAUGUGCAUGUCUGUCCCGUAAUGAAGUAAGGAUGAAGGCUGUCUGGAUUUAGCACAGCAGGAACUUUUUUUUUUUUCCCCUGCUUAGAGGUUCUUACUGUUGGUGCCAUAAAGGGUGAAGGGAUAUGAGCUUUGAACAGGAGCUAGAAGCUUCGAUUUGAGGUAUUAGGGAGGAGCUGCAGUCCAGACUAGGCUCAGUUCACUGGGCCAAUUGCAGUUGUAACCCAGUCAGAUUAAGGAUGAGCGAUCAAACCAGAAUGACAACAAAAAAACCCAGACUUGACCAACUAAGCCUGGCUUAUGAGCUAAGCAAGUUUUAUGAAAAACCUCUCUGAUCUCAACAAUGUAGGCAGUUCAAGACAGCUGUACCUGUCUGUGUACCUUCCCAAGGUAAAUUUAACAGCAAAUUUUCCCUUGUAAAAAGCAGUGAAAGUACAUUUACAAAAUUAGGCUGCAGUUUUUUGCAGAAAGUUUACACUCUGCCUAUUUUUGUCCUUUCAGGUAGAAACCUUGAUGUAAAUAUUUAAAGUGAUCUUAAUGUGCAGUUUUAUGGACUUUCUAUUUAUUUUUGGAAGUUUGAGCCAUUUUUCUCUCUAGCCUUGUACCUCAACAUAUAAUAUUGCAGUAUUACAUAUUGUGGAAAGUAUUUUUAAGAAAUACUUAUAAGUAAGUCACAUUAUCUGAAUGCCUUUGCACCCAUGUAAGGGUGUGUUUUUACAUAAAUAACAUUUAACAUGGAUAAUACAUGAAAGAAAAAAACAAUCAAGGUUUUUAUUUUAAAAGAAAUAUGCUUACAUUUCUUUUUGAUCAUUAACACAGAUAUGUUACAAAAAAAUGUAUUUUCUGGCAUUUUUUUCUCACUUCUAUACCAGAAUUAAAUUGAGUUUUAAAAUGGUGAAAAGAACACAUCUGUGUUAAAGAUGUAUUCCUGUGGACUAGAUUUCCAUGGAAUAUUAAUGACGUGAAAGCAACCAUAUUUAUGUAACAAUGGUUUAGCUAUUUGUGGUAUUGUUUUUUUUUUAACUAUAACUUCAAACUUCUCACAAACUGGAAAGUAUGUGAAUACUGUUGUCAAAGCAAAAAGGAAUUACUAAAUAACAUUUACAAAUAUGUUUUAUUAAGCAUUUGCAUGUCAUUUUAAGUGAUACUGUAGAUGAACAAUGCAGUGGGGAAUGCACAAAGUGAAACAGCCAGAAAAUUUAUAAAACUAAAAAUAAGCCUUCUUAUGCUAAUGAUGGAUAUGUGAAUAAUUAAAAGUCUGGAUGCAAGCAGGUAAAUAGCUCCACCUUGUUAAAUAUAGGCUCUGUGUAUGCUCAACUAAAGUUGAGAGGUAAUGUGGAAAGUUCUUUGAAAUGCAGGAGAGAGAACCUGCUACUGGUUGAGAAGUUUAAAGAUAAUGCCCUUAUUUCACAAAGAACUAU